UAAAUAUAUUUCAAAAUUAAUUAAAUAUAUAAAUAUUAAAAAUAUCUCAAAAUUAUGGAUAUACUGUAUAGAAAUACUAAUGCCAAAACAAAUAGUGUUAACAAAUUUGAAAAUGAUGUCAACAAAAAUAAAUCUAAAAUAACACAGAGCAAAAGAUUAUCCAGAGAAUGGAUCUUUAGUUUAACUGUAUUUUUAAUAUUAUUGUUCAUAACCAUUGAAAAAGUAUAUUUCAGUUAUGUACUGUCAAUAGUGACCAGAAACCCUAAUGAUUUAUACAACAAAGCAGAUUUAUACAAUAAAGCGGAUGUAUAUAACAAAACAGAUGUAUAUAAUACAACAGAUGUAAAUAACAAAGCAGAUGUCAAAAUUUCAUCAAAUUUAUAUGAUUAUUUUACAUUGUCAAAUAUUAUCGUCAAUGUAGAAAAUGCGCAGAACAAAUUUGUACAACAAAUAGUGAUAAUCAGUGAAAAAUUUGCAAAUAUAAUUUAUCAUUGCUAUCAAGUUUUAUACGAUACACUGCUAUACAAAACGUACGAUCAUCGUUAUCUAAUAAUGAUAUUGGGAAUAAUAUUAGGAGUUAUAACAACUUUUGUUAGUUGGUUUAUUAUUUAUAUGGACAGUCGAAUACCUGGAAACGAUCCAGCUUUUCCUUUUUUUUUGCAGAAAUAUUGGAUAAAAAUGGCAUUGCCCAUAAAUCUUAAUUACUUUGUCGGAGCAUUAAUCGGAUUAUUAAUUACUAUAUGUUAUCUUUACGAAAAUCAUAACUUUGAUUUUUAGAAAAAGAAAAAAUAAAUUAGAUUUGUGUUUA